AUGACUCAGAAUUGGGACUCCACAACUUUUCCACAUUCAGGUGUGAUAGAUCUUAUGGAUACUUAUGGAAGUAAUAGCGAUAAGGACAGUGGUGGUGGUGUCCUCAUUGCUGUUGGUUCUUCUCUUCUUUGCGCCCAACUAACUACUUCUGUGACUGAUGUUGAGUGCGUCUUCGUGAAGGUUCUUACUAAGGCACUGCCUCUCAUUCUGUGUGCAGCCUAUAUUCCCCCUAACAUGCCUAUUUCCAAAUAUAAACGCUUUUGUGAUUCCGUAAUAGAUGUAGCCUCAUCCAAUCCUGCAAUCGAUAACUUUGUUAUUCUUGGUGACUUCAAUCAACCUGACACAAACUGGAAAGAUACGUCUUCCUGUUCGCUCAGCAGCGCCUCUCAAAGUCUUGUCGGCUUGGCAGAACUGCUUCAGCUUUAUCAGCACAACAGGAUUGUAAAUCACCGAGGUGUUAUUCUCGACCUAGUUUUUACUCCUUUUACUGACACGAUAGUAAGCCCAGCUGAUGAUGUGAUAAUCCCCGAGGAAUUAAAUCACCCACCACUAAAUUUUUCAAUCAACCUCAAUUGUGCGAAGACCAAUUCGAACCCUUGCUCAAGUCACAACUUCAGACGAUGCAACUUGGAUGCCGUCUUUGCCUGGAUACAGGGAUUGUCUUACCCAACGGUUGAUUCCACUAAAGCUGAGAAACACUUCACUAUAUUCUGUAGGAACCUUGCCGAUGUUAUCAAGCUUAACUAUCCCAAUAGGAACUCCAAAAGAUCAACCUUUCCCAAGUGGUUUACUGCUGAGCUCAGGCGCCUGGUGAUCGAGAAGAAAACUGUCCAUAGGCAUUUCAAAGAGACUGGUGAUCUCUCCUUAUACGAUUCUUUUAGAAAACUUAGAAAUCGGUGCAGGCAGUUAGCCGGUGAGUGCUAUCGUGACUAUACAAACUAUGUGGAGUCCGCCAUUCCUAAUAACAUUAAGGUUUUUUGGGCACACAUCAACAAUCUGAAGAAAGCAAACAUCACAUCGAACCUGGUGUAUAAUGAUGUUGAAGUGGAUGAACCUAGCGGCCAAUGCGAGCUAUUUGCUGAUUACUUUUCGUCAGUCUAUACCAACAUGUCACUCCCAUCAUCUGACUUUGACUUUAGAACUUCUGUCAACCUACAUAGCCUCGUUUUAACUGCUCAACAAGUGGAAUCAAAACUUAAAGCCCUUGAUCCCUAUAAGGGAAUGGGUCCGGACUCUCUACCUCCUGCGGUGAUCAAGUACUGCAGUCCAGUUUUGGCCCCACAUCUCUCAAUUUUUUUCAACACACUGCUCGCCAGUGGCACCUUCCCUGCAAAUCUGAAGAUUAGUUUUAUCACCCCUAUUUUCAAAUCUGGUGAGCGAUCCAAUGUAACCAAUUAUAGGCCGAUAGCCAUUCAGUCGGUGCUUGCAAAGGUUUUUGAGAGCCUUGUGGUGGAUAAACUUGUAUUUGAUCUCAAGCAUGUAAUCGCUGAGGAACAACAUGGCUUUAGGAGUGGUCGAUCGUCCUCUACCAAUCUCCUGGUGCUAUGUCACAUCUGCAUUUUCCAGGCGGAGGCAGGUCAAUUGCAUACUGCUCGACUUCUCAAAGGCGUUUGA